GUGGCUCCCGCUGCAGCUUGCUUUAGCCCAGCCUCCCGCCUCCCGCUCCCCCCCCCCGUCUCUAAAACGAGCCCCCCACGCCUGUCAGGAGCUAUAUAAGGCGGAUCGAGGCAGGCGAGGGGGGCAGCGCUGCCGAGCGGAGCCCAGGAGUGGAGCGAGAGCGAGCAAGAGCCUGAGCGAAAAGACCGGGAAGCAAGGAAGAGGAAGCCUCCGGUGCAUCGGGAAAGGAUCGCAGGUGCUCGGGAGCCGGAGCUGGAGCUCCACAGCCGGCAGUCAUGUACCGUUCCACCAAGGGCGCUUCCAAGGCGCGCCGCGACCAGAUCAACGCCGAGAUUCGGAACCUCAAGGAACUGCUGCCGUUGGCUGAAGCGGACAAGGUCCGGCUGUCCUACCUGCACAUCAUGAGUCUUGCCUGCAUCUACACUCGCAAGGGUGUCUUCUUUGCUGGAGGUACUCCUUUGGCUGGCCCCACGGGGCUUCUCUCUGCUCAAGAGCUUGAAGACAUCGUGGCAGCACUACCUGGAUUUCUGCUUGUGUUCACAGCUGAGGGGAAGUUGCUAUACCUGUCGGAGAGUGUGAGCGAGCAUCUGGGCCACUCUAUGGUGGACUUGGUUGCCCAGGGUGACAGUAUCUACGACAUCAUUGACCCUGCUGACCAUCUCACUGUGCGCCAGCAGCUCACUAUGCCCUCUGCUCUGGAUACUGAUCGCCUUUUCCGUUGUCGAUUCAACACCUCCAAGUCCCUCCGGCGCCAGAGUGCAGGCAACAAACUGGUGCUUAUUCGAGGUCGAUUCCAUGCUCACCCACCUGGGGCCUACUGGGCAGGAAACCCCGUGUUCACAGCUUUCUGUGCCCCACUGGAGCCAAGACCCCGCCCUGGCCCUGGCCCUGGCCCUGGCCCUGGUCCUGCUUCUCUCUUCCUGGCCAUGUUCCAGAGCCGGCAUGCUAAGGACCUAGCCCUACUGGAUGUUUCUGAAAGUGUCCUAAUCUACCUGGGCUUUGAGCGCAGCGAACUGCUCUGUAAAUCAUGGUAUGGACUGCUACACCCCGAGGACCUGGCCCACGCUUCUUCUCAACACUACCGCCUGUUGGCUGAAAGUGGAGAUAUUCAGGCUGAAAUGGUGGUGAGACUUCAAGCCAAGCAUGGAGGCUGGACAUGGAUUUACUGCAUGCUAUACUCAGAAGGUCCAGAAGGCCCUAUUACUGCCAAUAACUACCCUAUCAGUGACACGGAAGCCUGGAGCCUCCGCCAGCAGCUAAACUCUGAAGACACCCAGGCAGCCUAUGUCCUAGGAACCCCGGCUGUGCUACCCUCAUUCUCUGAGAAUGUCUUCUCCCAGGAGCAAUGCUCUAACCCACUCUUUACACCAGCCCUGGGGACUCCUAGAAGUGCCAGCUUCCCCAGGGCUCCUGAACUAGGUGUGAUCUCAACAUCAGAAGAGCUUCCCCAACCCUCCAAAGAGCUGGACUUCAGUUACCUGCCAUUCCCUGCUAGGCCUGAGCCUUCCCUCCAAGCAGACCUGAGCAAGGAUUUGGUGUGUACUCCACCUUACACACCCCACCAGCCAGGAGGCUGUGCCUUCCUCUUCAGCCUCCAUGAACCCUUCCAGACUCACUUGCCCCCUCCACCCAGCUCUCUCCAAGAACAGCUGACGCCAAGCACGGUGACUUUCUCUGAACAGUUGACACCCAGCAGUGCAACCUUUCCAGAUCCACUAACCAGUUCACUACAAGGACAGUUGACUGAAAGCUCAGCCAGAAGCUUUGAAGACCAGUUGACUCCAUGCACCUCUACCUUCCCUGACCAGCUACUUCCCAGCACUGCCACAUUCCCAGAACCUCUGGGUAGCCCCACCCAUGAACAGCUGACUCCUCCCAGCACAGCAUUCCAGGCUCAUCUGAACAGUCCCAGCCAAACCUUCCCAGAGCAACUGAGCCCCAAUCCUACCAAGACUUACUUCGCCCAGGAGGGAUGCAGUUUUCUCUAUGAGAAGUUGCCCCCAAGUCCUAGCAGCCCUGGUAAUGGGGACUGUACACUCCUGGCCCUAGCUCAGCUCCGGGGCCCCCUCUCUGUGGACGUUCCCCUGGUGCCUGAAGGCCUGCUCACACCUGAGGCCUCUCCAGUCAAGCAAAGUUUCUUCCACUACACAGAGAAAGAGCAAACUGAGAUAGAUCGUCUCAUCCAGCAGAUCAGCCAGUUGGCUCAGGGCAUGGACAGGCCCUUCUCAGCUGAGGCUGGCACUGGGGGGCUGGAGCCACUUGGAGGGCUGGAGCCCCUGAACCCUAACCUGUCCCUGUCAGGGGCUGGACCCCCUGUGCUUAGCCUGGACCUUAAACCUUGGAAAUGCCAGGAGCUGGACUUCCUGGUUGACCCUGAUAAUUUAUUCCUGGAAGAGACGCCAGUGGAAGACAUCUUCAUGGAUCUUUCUACUCCAGACCCCAAUGGGGAAUGGGGUUCAGGGGAUCCUGAGGCAGAGGUCCCAGGAGGGACCCUGUCACCUUGCAACAACCUGUCCCCAGAAGAUCACAGCUUCCUGGAGGACUUGGCCACCUAUGAAACCGCCUUUGAGACAGGUGUCUCAACAUUCCCCUAUGAAGGGUUUGCUGAUGAGUUGCAUCAACUCCAGAGCCAAGUUCAAGACAGCUUCCAUGAAGAUGGAAGUGGAGGGGAACCAACGUUUUGAAUAAGUCUGUGACUUAACGUCGUCAAGUAUGGCAUAUUGUCAUCAAGACGUGGAGCCGCUCUCCACCCCCCCGGGACUGUUGGGGGGAUUCUGGGGGCCAGAGGGGGAUAUAUCUGAUUCUCCAGGCCCUGAAGGAUUUAGGGGGGAGGAGGGAGGGAAAGGGAGGGGAGCAACUUUUUAAAAUCAAGGGACUUCGAGCGAUCCCAGUUUCCAUUUCAAUCUGUAUUCACUCGUAGUGAGCUUCCUUGAAUGGAUUUCAAGCGGAAAAUGGGGGAGUCUCACUUCCCCACCGCGCUGCCCCAUGGGCCUGGGCCAGUUCUCCACUCCUAGGGGCCAAGCCACCCCUGGGCUUUGGUGGGGGAAAGGCAUGGCCCACCUGGGGCUAGCCUGUGCCCUGAGGGGCUCUUGACACCCACGUAGAAUUCUCUACAAACCAGUAACGGGAUUUCAAUUCCGACGGACUCUGCCGCCCUGGCGGCCCUUCCUGUGACUUUUGCGCCCCGCGCCUGGGGUGGGGGGCGCGAAGAGACGCUACAUUCCUUUCCGAUGGAGGAAGGCAGAUCUGCCGUCACACGUGUGCUUGCACGAGUGCGUGUACAUGGUGCGGGACUCACCCGGCCGCCAGACCGCCUAGGCUUGCCCAGGUGGCCACCUCGUGGUGCUGCGGUGACUUUGUAGCCAACUUUAUAAUAAAGUCCAGUUUGCCUUUUUGGUA